AUGAAUUUAUCAGAAUCCCUGGCAGAUUCAACAAAGUGCCAAACUAUUGAUCGUUUGAGUUAUAACGCCUCUCCCACGAUCCUAAGCGCUUGGCAGAAUGUUGCCAACACCUUGGCUUUUACUUAUGAACGAAUCCUUCAACUUCCGUCUUUUUCGUUCUGGAGCAGUGUCGUGUACAGCAAAACAAUUAUGCAGUCCUUCGAUGCGGUUCUGAAUGCAAUCCCGAGACAUUUUGAAAUUGAUGAAUAUCGAUUGAUAUUUUGCUACGACAGCUCUGUAGCGGUUGCGGCGGAUCGGCUGUACAACUCAGCGUUGGCGAUUUUUCUUCGCGUUGCAGUUUACAAUAAGAAAAUUGAUACUUCGAUGCCGCCGAAGCAAUUUCUGGAACUCGUUCGAGAUCGAGGCGUGAUGCCAGCCAGGAGGCUGGCGAAUGCUCUAUCGUUUUUCUCAGAAUAUGGACAGAUAUUAGUGGAGGUAACAAGAAAGAGGGCACUUCUUGAUCCGAGCUUCUCGAAUGAUUUAGCAAAGAUUUGUGCAGAAUUAGGAGUGGCGAUAUCAACUUUGGAGAACGAUGCAAGUCGUCUGGUGGACAAGUUUUAUGCAGAAGAGGGUGUGGCCAAGCUGAAGGUGGCCCGAUUUGUUGACGAGUGGCUUUGCACUGCGCUGGCAUUGUGCCAGGAGGGUUACAUUUUGGUGGAUACGUUGUCUCAAGCAGGAUUAUUGAAGGAUGCCGGCAAAUAUAUAUCCGAGAUCCCCAGUCUUGUGGAAUGUGUUGGUCGAUUGUUCACUACGGAAAUGAUUAUGGAUGUUGCGAUGACAUUGUCGGAUUAUCCUUUAAGGCGCCUUCUGCGAUUACGUACACAGGUGCUUCAAUACGGUGUUGAUUUUUAUCAUAGUGUUCUGGUGAGGAUCCCCAAGGAUCAGAAAAUCGCCACUAUCCUUUCAAUCCUAGAGUUAGAACGCUUCAUUUUUCUGCUAAAUGAGAAGCAGAAUCUCCAGGAACUUCUGGAAGGAUGUCAAAAAGAACAACAGGAAUAUAUUGAAAGAGCACUCGAGAGUAUAUGUGAAUCACAGAGAGCUGAAAUAGUCAAAGAACUAGAGAAAAGCGGCUUGCUUACGAGUCUGGGUGACGUCACGCGUCUCAACGAUGCCGCACGACAUGCUAUGGAGGAGAUGUGUCAGAUUUUCCCUCAUUUCUCCCCGCAAUACAUCCACGAAUAA